UGACAGUUCAUUCGAAGAUAAAGGUUGAAUGUGGAAUUUCAAAUGAAUCGCAAUCAUUCAUUGUCUGCAAUUUUAAUCGAAAAUAUGGGUGAUCGCGUUAGAUUUAACGAUAUAAACAAUAAACCGUUCGUUGCUUGUGUGUCAGAUAUAGUUUUGGCAGUUUAGAGGAAUUCUUUAGAUGCACGGGAAAUAUGCCUGCUGGAAAGAAAAACAAUAGACAUGAAAUUAAUUCGGUUGUUAUGUGCAGUAUGUGAAACGAAAGCUACGACGAUCUCAACGCGAUCAUGAGUUGCCAAAAAUAAAAACGUAAAUUUUCAUCAAAAUAACUCCAACAAAAGUGAUACAACAGUGACAGGGAAAAUCCUCUUGCUUUGUUGGUGUUACAUCCGCUCACCAUGUAUCAUUUGAGCAGUAAAGUAAGGCAUUCAUGGGUGCUGUUGUAUUAAAUAAUGUAAAUAAGAAACAUAACAAGUUGCUGAUGUAUUCCUAUAAGGACAGCAGGAAUUGAAGCUGAAUGCGAAUAACUUUCUGGCAAUAAGAAUAUAUAUUAUAUACUACGAAAAUGGAUCCUUUCGUAGAAAGACAGUGCAAUAUCGAUGGAAAAGAUACGAAAAAUCCGACUGACGUGGGAACUGUUACUGAUUAUGAAAAAAGCGACCAUAGUCCCGAGAAUUCAAGAAAAAGUGAUUAUUCCCCUCUGGAUGAUCAUGUCUGCACUGAGCCUCUUGCGGCAAAAAACGUAGACAGACGGAAAAUGCAAUCAAGUAACUGUAGUUCCUACAAAGAAGUUCGAGAUGGGCAUAGUGUAAAUAAAAGUAUGUCAAUGCAGGAAAUAAAGAAAGACCAGCGUUGCAGCAGCGAGGACCCUGACGUUCGAAAUGCAUUAGCAUUUACAAUUGAUUUCAGUGACGGACGAAAGUCAAUAGAUGCACAACGUCACGAAAAAAUGCUCGAGCGAUUCCAAAACAGACACAAACGUGGCGUUUCGUUAUCAAAGUUGGAAUCAGGACCACCUCCAGGUAAGAUAAAAACGCCCCAAAGUGUGAAUCUUCCGCGGAAAAAUAAGAACAACUUGCCCGAUAUGCAGACAGAUGUAAAACUUCGAGAUAAAAAUAAAUCCACCAAGGACGCUAUUAGUAAAAGACACAGUUGGAGUCCUCGCACUAGCAUGACCGAAGUUACAGCGAAAGAAUCUGUUAUUCAGAUGAAGGAUGGUAAUAAGUUUACGCCUAGAUCGACUACGUUGCAAAUGGCAUUUGAUCAGCAAAAUAUCACGAAAGAUGCAUGUUCCAGUUCUGAGUUCAAUGCUGAAAGUUUGGAUUCUUCGAUAGGACUUCUCUGCGUUGAACCUCCAUUAGAAAAUUUUGGAAAAGAUGAUGAUGGCGAGAGCGUUAGUGAAGCAGGAACCUAUACUUUAGAUGGAGACAAUUAUACUGAGGAACAAAAAGAACGUAUGAAUAUUGAUCGAAUGCCAGCAUCGAAUCCGAAAACGACUACAAAACACUUUUUGCCAACGGGUCUCAGCAUAGAUACUUCUCCUAGGCGGCCAACUAAUUUUCAUGAUGAACUAGAAAUCAUAGACUUAGAUCAGCCAAUAUUUGGAAAAACUGAUGAAAGGCGAAAACCUAAUAUUCUAGAAGUUACUUAUUUUCAUGAUUCAUCUGGAAUGCAGCCAAUGAAAUCAAAACAAUCUUAUUUAGAAAAGUUGAAAUCGCGUGUUAAAAACAUUACUCACAAAUCUAAAUCGCCAGAUAAAGCUGUUUACUCACAACAAGUUGAUUCAUCGGACCAAGGAACAUUUACAUCCGUCACCACUAGUGGAAUUUUGAGCAUAAAGCCGAGUUUGGAAAAUCGAUCAGGAAUGCAGCGGAGAAACAGCUUAACUAAAUCUCACAUUGAUAGCUCCGAAUACGUUCAAGGUGUGGCCAAAUUAAAUAUACAUAAACACGAAGAAGCAAAAAUUCUGAAUUGCUAUACUGAUUCACAAAAAGCAACUGGAUUGUCAAAUUACAAUAAGAAUUAUGACAGUCCAAGGCAUAAAACAAGUUCCGAUGCAUCUGCUAUAGGUUCCGUUGCUAGCAAAAAAGAUUGGAUUCAAGAAUGGGCUAAAAAUGCACGAGAAUAUUCAAAAAACCCUGUUCAGAAAUCCAACAGCAAUAAUUCCAAUAUGACCCGAAGUUAUGACUUUGAAAACAGUAAUCAAUUUGGGUACGAUUUUGACAUUGAUAUGACCAAAAGUGACUAUUAUGAUGCUAAAAAAUAUGAAGAAUUUGGAGACAAUCUGGAUAGGCAACAUUUGUAUCGAAAACAGCUGGAUCGUUUGUUGAAUGACAGUUGUGGUAGUGAACCUUUGAUAAAGCAAGGUUAUAAUAAUGAAGUGAGUUCAAGUUUUAACGAAUUCACUAGAAGAGGGAGCAUGAGACAAUAUACCAAUCCGAAUGCAGCGAAGCCACCUAUGAGUCCGAGUAAAAUUCCGUCACCUAUUGGAUCGGUUGGCCGAGCUAGAAGUGUUAGUAGGAACCGGAGUUUGCAAGGGAGCAAUUCGGACCUGUCCACAAACGAAACUGAAAUGUAUUUGCAAAAGACUGCGGCGGCUAUUUGUACAUUACAGGAUCUUCAUAGGCGUAAUUCUUUACGAUGUACUUCAUUACACAACUCAUCACAUUCGAGUCCACAAAGUCCGGCUUCACGUCGAAUCUCUCCCAAGAUUUCUCCAAUGAAUUCGUUACAAUCUCCCGUACACCAUUCGUAUCAGGACAAAGCCCUGAACCUUGAAAGCCAGCAGUACUCACCACAUCAUCAACAGUUACGUAACAUAAAACACCAUCAUCACCACCAACAGCAACAGCAGCAUUUAAACUCAAUCAAUCACAAACGGAAUCUUUCACUUGACGAUUCGGAAUCGUAUGUGAACGCUCUGUCAAAUUUAGGUUUCGGAAAUCAAAUGUCCAACAGCUUGAACACAGAAAAUAUGAAUGCAGUUAUAGAUUUCAAGAAACAGCAUACGCGGCACAAUUCUUUUGAAGGGAUGUCUUCACUGCCACCAAAACCAGUGAAAUGCUUUCAAAACUUUGAUCAAACAAACGCAUACUAUCGGGAGCCGUUGAAUGAUGGCCUAAUUAUUGGCAAUGAUGUUGAUGAUGAAGAUGAUGAGAGUUUACUCGUGGUGACAACGGGUGUUGGGGAUUUGUUUUUGGAUGCUAAGAAAACUGGGCUAUCGAUCAAGCAACAGAUUACUCUAACAGGUGGCAAAUCAAGCACAAUACAGAGUAAAACAACAGGAGGUGUGACUAAUCGAUCUGGAAAUUCAAAGUCGGUACCUUUUCAAAUGUCUUCUCCUAUCAAAAGAUCUAGUUCAUUCUCUGUCAAAGCAAUGAAACCAACGACUCCUACAUUAACACCUAAAUUAGAUUCCAAGAUAGGUGGAACAAGAAUUCAAAAGUCAGCGAGCAGUACUAGUUUUAAAAAAAUGGUUGCAAACGUUGCAAACGACAACGACGAUAAAUUUUAUAUAAAUGACGAUGACGAUUUAGAGUUGGAUCCAGAUUACUCCUCGAACUCAGACUUUAGCGAUAAGGACGAAGAAACUGGCGAUAUCGACAAGGAACCAAUCACAAACACCAGAUAUAAUAAAACAUUUCUCAUGCGAAUGGAACAGAACAAAAAAAUCGCUGCCGGCAUUAAGCAAGGUGUAGCAGCUUGCCCAAAUACUCCAGAAUUGCCUCGAAGGACACUACAAGUCCGAGGAGCCGUACGUGAUCGUGCGUCUAUGCCGCGUGAUUCUAGCUUAAAUCGCAUGAAACAAGAUUUGCAUCUUUCGCGUAAAUCGGUCGGCAAAGAAUUUGCAUCUAAAGAAUCGAUACCAGCUGCGGGAACUGCUGGAUAUCAAAGAGUGCAACCAAAAUACAUGGAUAUCUCAAAAUAUAAAAUACCAAACGCAGGAACGUUUCUCAAAAAGGAUGAAUCUAAAAGUUACUUAAUGAAACAAGAUGUCAAAAAAAGCCCAAGUAGUACUUCAGUGACAAUGAGUAGAAUCGAACCGAGCAGAAUGAGUACAAGAAGUGUUAAAUCUGCCGGCACUAAAGUAUCAACAUGUGCUAAAAAAGAUGCUCAGAAACAAAUGAAGGAACAAGAACUUGAAAUGUGGCGUCGAAGAGCCAGUUAUGAUCCAAUGAAGGCUGCUAUGGAGGGCAAACGGAAACAAGAAGAAGCACGACGUCAGGCUCAACUCCAUACCGAACGAUUAAGUAAAUCAAAUGAAAGCUCCGUCUUAAGAUCACAGUCAUAUCACUGUGGCAUUGGGAAUGUAACCGAACGUUUAUAUGACGGUGGUAACAGUAAUCGUGUUAAAAUGAAAAGCUCUUUCGAUCAAACUGAUAACAGCAGCAGCAGUCAUCUGAGCAAUCGUUGGACCGAAUCGAGCGAUGAAUUAGAGGAUGAAGAUAUCCAAUAAAAAAACAUUUGCAACUUGUAUAUUUAUGCAGCUUAAGUAUUCUUGUCAUUUGUGUAUAUAAUGUGUUCAACGCAAUUUUUAACAUUAAUCAUCAUUUACCAACGAUCAGUAGUUUUACCAUUUAUAGAAAAUCAAAAUUACUAUUACGCAUUCAUCACACUCGAUCCAGAAACUUUGAUUUUAUUAUAUAACUAUCAUUGAUUACUUGUUAGUAAUACAGACUAAUACCAUUAUGAAACCAUUAUGAUAGGAAGCAAAAGUAAUAUUUAUAAUUAUGCUUUGGAAGAAAUCCAAGAGGCGAAUGAACUGCAAAGUUUAAAGCCUCUUAAAAACAAAGAAAGAAGAAGAAGAAAUCCAUACUUUUGUAGGUGCUAUCUUAUAUCAUCAGUGAAAGAAAUAUGUUAGAAAAUCUAUAAUAACGAGUGAAAUGCAACAAUUGUCUCUCCACAUUUUUCAUGUUAUCUUUAUACAGAACUAUUUUCUUGUUCAUUUUGUUCUUGUUUUUAAGAGACCGAAGGUCCAAAGAUGAUUCGUCCCUGCGAACAAACUAUUUUCUUUAAUAUCAACUUCCUUCAUCUUCGAUUUUGAUUAGAGCAAAAUAUAAAAAAAAUGUUUUAUAUAAUUUUGUUUAUUACCAACGUAAUCCGUUCAAUAUGUGACUAUUUUUUUAUUGUUAUACGAUUCAGCUUUCACCUUUUUCGCUACAAGUCAAAUUGAUGAAAGCUUUUACUGAACUAUCAGCAAUGAAGCUCAGUUGUCCGUGAAACGAAAACGAAUGCGCGAAAUAGGCGUAACCAAAAUACUGUUGAUUUUAAUAGAGCAACUGUGUGUAUCCAUUUCGUUAAUUAUUUCUAACUAAUAUUUAAUUGGAAUUGUGUUGUUCAACAAUAAUAUUUUACGAAGAAAAUUUCUGAAACACCAUUGUAUCAUAACAAAGUUAUCAAAUGUGAUGAAAAUCUAUGUACUAUGUUUAUGUUCUCAUGUUAAUCCUAGUUUUGAGAUUAUUCACUUUUUCGAUCCAGUUUUCUUUUGACACUGAGUAUUAGUAAACUGUUUUAAUUAUGGAAUACACAUUAGAUUAUGUUAUGUAAAUGAAAAAAAGAUAUCUGUAAUAAAAUCGAACUGAACUAGUUGUAGUAUGUAAGGAACGAAUUAUGUAAUGUAUCAGUAAAUUUUUUUAUUAGGAAGUAUGCAAGAGUACAUUGAUAAUUCAGUUUGACAAAUAUGAUUUGUUUCUGUGUAGCUUAGUAUAAGCUAACAUUUACGCAUACGUUGUUGCGUAAUAGUACGAAUUGUUUAAAGUAAUUCUAUUGAAUAAAUAAUAUUUUGGUA